AUGGAUCCUUUGAUAAGCCCAAAGGGUCAUAUCGUUGCAACCUCGCCUGCUUUUGCAAACCGCUUGCUGCAUGUCUUCAAAAACCCGUACAGCUACGACCCGGAUAGAUUCUCCCCGGGAAGAGAAGAGGACAAAGCCGCAGGGGCAUUUUCGUACAUUUCAUUCGGUGGAGGUAGCCACGGGUGUCUUGGAGAGCCCUUUGCUUACCUUCAAAUCAAAGCCAUAUGGAGUCAAUUGUUGAUUAACUUUGAGCUUGAGUUGGUUUCACCCUUCCCUGAGAUGGACUGGAACGCUAUGGUGGUUGGCAUUAAAGGCAAUGUGAUGGUGCGUUAUAAGCGGCGUCAACUUGUCUUAGAUUAA